AUGUUAUAUAAUGAAAUUUUUCUAGGUGGUGUUGCUAUGUCAGAUAAAAUUGGUAAUACAAAUCUAACUGUUGUUAAUCAAUUAUGUCGAUCGGAUGGUGUUCUAUUUCGUCCAGAACGACCAGCAACUGCAAUGGAUUCAACUUUUCUAGAACAAAAUUUCUUUGUUGAAUAUGUUAUGAUAACAAAUUUAACUGAAUCCUAUACAUUCUCUUGGAAUGAAUUAUUUAAUACAGAAGAAGAUGAUUAUCCAAAUAGAAGAAUAUCUGAUAUUUACGUUGUCUUUGAACUUGAAAAUCCAAGAGAUUAUUAUUGGUUUACAUCAACAAAUAUUUCAACAAUAUUAAUCCCAUCAUGUGCACAAGAUUUAAUAACAUAUUAUUCAUCAUUUCAUCUUUUCGUUUUUGUACCUUUUUCAAAAUUAUCAAAUUGGAUUUUAUUUGGUGAAUUAAAUAAACAAUUACCAAUUACUAGACAACGAUUUGUACAAACUUCGAUUACUAUUGGAUAUAGUGAACAUCUUUUGGGAAAAAUUGAUAUUUAUACAGUGCAAGGCUUAUUAACAAUGAUAAUAACAUGUAAAACAGAAGCUGGAUAUCAAUGUAAUAAUGUUUGA